AUGGCUUCAUUUCCUGUCUUGAAGCAAGAGACGUUGUUCCAGAACAGUACCUGGAGCUAUCGAAUUCCAGCCCUGCUCUACCUGCCGCGUUUCAGCAUCAUCCUGGCGUUUGCUGAGGAACGAGAGGAUGUGGUGGAUGAACAUGCCAAGCUAAUAGCAAUGCGCAGAGGCGUGUAUGACCCCUCCACGCACCAUGUUCAGUGGAAUAGCAUAGAGACCAUUGUCAAUGCACAGCUGAAAAACCACCGAUCUAUGAACCCCUGUCCUGUUUACGAUGAGGUUUCAGGGAAACUGAUCCUGUUCUUCAUAGCUGUCCCAGGAAAGGUCUCUGAGCAGCAUCAGCUCAGGACAAAGAUCAACCUGGUACGUCUCUGCUACGUCACUAGCAUGGACCAAGGAUACACCUGGAGCGCUGCCCAGGAUGUCACCAAUGGCACCAUUAGUACUGAGUACAAGAACUGGGCCACUUUUGCAGUGGGGCCGGGUCAUGGAUUACAGUUGCUCAACGAGGCCCGGAGCCUUGUGAUUCCUGCCUAUGCCUAUCGUAUCUUGGACCCUAAGCAACACCCCACCCCUCAUGCCUUCUGCUUCAUCAGCUCUGACCAUGGGACAACGUGGGAGAUGGGGAACUUCAUGGGGGAGGAGAGCGCGGUGGAGUGUCAGGUAGCGGAGGUGCACACCUGUGGCAGGAAGGUCCUCUACUGCAAUGCAAGGAGCAGCAGGGGAGCCAGAAUCCAGGCUGUCAGCUACAACCAUGGGGUGGACUUUGAGGGAAGCCAGAGGGUUGAAAUGCUAGUAGAACCUCCCUCUGGAUGUCAUGGAAGCAUUACUGCCUUCCCACCUCCCCCUGAUGCCAGAUGCCAAGAUAGUUGGUUGCUCUAUGCUCAUCCUACAGACCCAAAGGGUCGAAGAGAUUUAGGAAUUUACCUCAACAAAAGCCCUUUAAAUCCAGCACACUGGACGAAACCAAGCAUCCUCUUCAAGGGCCUGUGUGCUUAUUCGGAUCUGCAGUACAUGGGGGUUGGGCCAGAUGGCUCACCCUUGUUCUCGUGCCUUUUUGAAUAUGGGACCCACCAACAAUGUGAAGAGAUAAUCUUUGUAAUGUUCACUUUGAAGCAAGCCUUUCCCUCAGAGCUCUGA